UAAACGUGUCGGCCUAUGACUAGAGUGAAAGGUAACAACCCAGCGGUGACAGCUCCCUUCCGCAUACGCUCAGAGCAAGAAAUGCAGGCCGCGAUCGCGAGCGAAGCCCAUCCGACCGGCGCGGUGGCCAUGGCGAAGGUGACCCUCCGGCGGUUCGAGCUCUCCGACGUCGACGCCAUGAUGGCGUGGGCGUCGGACCCGCAGGUGGCGGCCUUCUGCCGCUGGGAUCCCUACGAGUCCACGGAGCCCCUGCUCUCGUUCCUGCGCGACACCGUGCUCCCGCACCCGUGGUUCCGCGCCAUCUGCCUCGCCGACGGCCGCCCUGUGGGCGCGGUGUCCGUGUCGCCGACGGCAGAGCGGUGCCGCGGGGAGCUCGGGUACGUACUGGCCCGCGCGCACUGGGGCAAGGGCCUGGCGUCGGUGGCCGUGCGGCGCGCGCUGGGGGCCGUGUUCGCGGAGGUGGAGGGGCUGGAGCGCGUGGAGGCGCUGGUGGACGUGGACAACCCCGCGUCGCAGUGCGUGGCGGAGAAGGCCGGGCUCCGCCGCGAGGGCGUGCUGCGGCGCCACUACUGGCACAAGGGCCGCGCCAGGGACAUGGUCAUGUACAGCUUCAUCUCCUCCGACCCUCUCCCCGAAUGAUCCUUGCCGACCAUGCAUCCCAACAGUCAACUCUACCGAGUCACUGGUGUUCUUUAUACCAUCCCUGUUACAGAACAAUCUGUAUCGAGCAAGAUAAAAUCCUUGUGUGUUUCGCUGGAAUUUGCUAAUUUCCUGUGUGAAAUUAGCGGUGUUGCGUGCUGCAUUGGUGUAUCUGUUUGGAGGAUGAAGGCGACAUUGGAGCCGUGCCA